AUUGUAUACCCUGUUUUUUGUUGCGAGUUUACACGUUUGUUUUAGUUGCCGUAGAAUUUAUUAAACAAAAAUGGAUUUUGGUGCUGAAGACAAUCUUACAGUGGAGGAAUUGCACUUUAUAGGUGACUUGGACAGUCGCCAGUUUGGUUUUCUAAAGCUGACAGCACCUGAAAAUGCACCCAUACGGAUUAUCGUUGAGCGUGCCGUGAAAAUUCUACAAAAUAUUAUUAUAUCCGCAAAAGAAAAUGAAGAGGGUGAUAAGACAGUAAUAAAAUCCGAGGACGUGCCUGAAAAUACAAACUCACAUGUGAUGAAGACAGAGCAGGGAAUUGAUGAACUAUUGCAGGAAAAUAGUACCCAAGUGCCUGUUGACUUUCCAAGUAAAAAAAGGAAAGAAGAAGAAACCGCCAACCAAAAAUCAGAGGAAUCUGUUACAACUCAGGAAAGUGGUGAUAAUAACAAAUUGCGCGUAGAUGAUAUGACGUAUUGUAAAUUGGGGCACUUACAUUUGCUUCUCGAAGAAUAUGAUGAAGCGCUUGCAGCUUAUCAAAAAUACUAUCAAUUGUGCCCAAAAAAUUGGAAAAAUUUGCCUUUUCUAUAUGGUCUUGGAAUGGUGUAUUUUCAUUUUAACGCAUUUAGAUGGUCUAUUAGAGCGUUUCGCAAUCUGCUUUAUCAGGAUCCAAAUUUUAUACGUGCAAGCGAGGCACAUUUGCGUGUGGGGCUUAUGCUAAAAGUUUUUGGGGAAUACAAAUUAUCGCUAAAGCACUUGAAACUAGCACAGAUUGACAAUUCUCCAUGUACUUUCUCUAAGCUACAAAUAAAAUUCCAUAUUGCUCAUCUGUAUGAAGUUCAUAAUAAAUACAAAGCGGCCAAGGAGGCCUACGAGCAUCUACUUAAUAGUAAAGAGCUGACAUUGGAAUUGAAGGCAGAUAUAUAUAGACAAUUAGGAUGGAUGUAUCAUUGUGUAGAGUCAUUGGGCGAAAAAAAACAACGAGAUAACUAUGCAAUAAUAUGUUUACAAAAGUCAAUUGAAGCAAAUCCGAAAUCAGGACAAUCACUGUAUUUAUUAGGCAGAUGUUAUGCCGGAAUCAAUAAGGUGCAUGACGCAUUCAUAGCUUACAGAAAUUCGGUGGAAAAGAGCGAGGGAAACGCCGAUACUUGGUGCUCUAUUGGUGUAUUAUAUCAGCAACAGAGUCAACCAACAGACGCUUUACAAGCGUAUAUAUGUGCAGUUCAACUUGAUAAAAACCAUAAAGCGGCGUGGACAAAUCUAGGAAUAUUAUAUGAGAGUUGCGGGCAACCAAGGGACGCUUAUGCAUGUUAUUUGAAUGCUACAAGAAGUAUAAAAAAUAACAUACAACCAAAAACUACUGCUAACGAUAACAAAGCUGGAAAUUUAAAUUUAAAGUUACGUACAACUGGAAAUUUAACAACGCGGGAGUGUCAAGGUUUGGGUAAAGGCUUAUCGCAGCGCAUUAAAUUUUUAGAGGCGCAGUUAGCCCAAGCGCCGAUGCCAAGUAUUACUUCGAAGAGAAGACAACUUUGUUCAAUUGAAGAAGCGUGGAAUUUACCAAUUUCAUUGGAAAUGAGCUCGAGACAACAACAUCAACAGGCUAACCAAUCGCAGCAACGUCAAUAUGGCAAAAGUGCACAUGGUUCGGUAAUACAAGGACCACCACCACCUUAUCCACAUCAACAACAAAAUUUAAAUACCGUACCAUCAAAACGUUUCAAAGAUGAGGGCCUUCAACAAGCUGGAGAGACGGGGAAUCGCCCAGCUCAGCCAGCUUUCUACUUAUCCCAACAGCAGUUACAAACAUUACAAUUUCUGCAACAAAACCAAAGUACACUUAAUCAUCAAGAACAAACAUUGUAUCAGCAACUUAGCAACCAAUAUCGCCUUAUGCAACAAUACCAACAGGCAAUGCGGCAACAGAAUAAUACCACCACGUGUCAAAUGCCGCAAAAUGUACAAUCACAACAGUUGCAAUCUCCAUCACUGCAGACAGCGACACAUUCUACAGGGACACCGUCUUCAGCGUUAACGCCUUCAUCUUCUAAUGAAGCGACGACAGCCAAUUCGAGUGCUGGUUCAAUUGAUGAGCAAGCAAAGUCUGCAAUGCCAAAGGCAUCAUCAUCUUCAACAACAAAUGAAGCUGGUGUAUUGACGCAAUUAUCACCAAGUAGUGAUCAAUUGGGGGUAAGCGAUCAAGAACUUCAAGUGUUUCUCUCACAAAAGGGCUUAACAUCUACUUUUGCUGAAGACCUUUUAAAGACAUUCAAUCCCGAGAGUCUAGAAAUUAAAGAGGAAGAUAUCGGAAGUACUGCCGAAGAUUUAAUUAAUGGUCUUGACAAAAACUUGCCCUUAGAUGAUAAAAGCAAUAUGCGCAUUUUAAAUGAAGACGCUACUCAACAAACGGGAGUAGCGGACUCUGCUAGUAGUGCCACAGACGUUGGCAUUGUAAAAGAAGAAGCUACCGGUGCGCAGGAAGACGCAGAUGUGAAACUUGAAAAUUUCUUAGAUGGUGAUAAUGAAGAUAAAGAAAAAAAUGAUGAUGAUCUCGAAGAACCAUCAAAAUUUAGCAUACAAAUGGAUUCCAAGCAGCUAAUUGCCGCUGUAAAAAAUCUUUCUCUUGAUGAACCACCGCCCCAUUGUUCUGUGUUACAUAUAAAUGCGCCGCCCCCUUCGCCACCCGACUGCCCGCCGCAACGUUUAACCCGUGAACAACUACUGCCGCCCACACCAUCAGUUCAUCUAGAAAAUAAGAAACACGCCUUCAGUCCACAACUGCAAGAGUUUUGUCUAAAACAUCCAAUAGCUGUGGUGCGUGGCUUAGCGGGUGCACUUAAAUUGGAUUUAGGUUUGUUCUCUACAAAAACACUUGUCGAAGCGAAUCCCGACCACAGUGUCGAAGUGCGCACACAAGUGCAUCAAUCGCCCGAUGAAAAUUGGGAUGCAUCGCAGGCAAAAAGAGUUUGGGCGUGCAUUUCGCAUAGAUCACAUACCACAAUUGCGAAAUAUGCGCAGUAUCAAGCGUCGAGUUUUCAAGACAGCUUAAAGGAUGAGCAUGACAAAGGACCAGCCGGCAUGCAAACAAUGUCUGACUCAGAUUCUAAAGACUCGGUGACGAAUUCAAAUGUUAGUGGGAAACGGAAAAAGCACAAAAAUGGCAACAAAAUGUUGAGAUUCGGCACCAAUGUAGAUUUAUCUGACGAACGCAAGUGGCGUUCACAAUUGGCUGAACUCCAAAAAUUGCCGGCAUUUGCACGUGUCAUUUCGGCUGCAAAUAUGUUAUCGCAUGUGGGCCAUGUCAUCUUGGGUAUGAACACAGUGCAAUUGUAUAUGAAAGUGCCGGGUAGUCGUACACCAGGUCAUCAGGAGAACAAUAAUUUUUGUUCUAUAAACAUAAAUAUUGGACCGGGAGAUUGUGAAUGGUUCGCUGUACCCGAUGCAUAUUGGGGUGGCAUACAUAAUCUAUGCGAAAAGAAUAAUAUCAGCUAUUUGCAUGGUUCAUGGUGGCCGGUUUUGGAAGAUUUGUAUAAAGAGAAUAUACCCGUUUAUCGCUUUAUCCAACGGCCGGGCGAUUUGGUGUGGGUUAAUGCAGGUUGCGUACAUUGGGUGCAGUCAGUUGGUUGGUGUAAUAAUAUUGCAUGGAAUGUCGGUCCAUUAACGGCGCGGCAAUAUUCUCUUGCCAUCGAACGGUACGAAUGGAAUAAAUUGCAAAACUUCAAAAGCAUUGUGCCGAUGGUGCAUCUUAGUUGGAAUCUAGCGAGAAAUAUUAAAGUAUCAGAUCCAAAACUGUUUGAGCUUGUCAAAAUGUGUCUUCUCCAGACUUUAAAAAAUGUUUUGCAUACCUUAGAAUAUGUGAAAUCAAAGGGCGUGGAAGUACGAUUUCAUGGACGAGGAAAAAAUGAAGCAUCGCAUUACUGUGGACAAUGCGAGGUUGAAGUAUUCAACAUUUUAUUCAUACGCGAACAGGAGAAACGUCAUGUUGUCCACUGUAUGGCGUGUGCACGCAAGCUAUCACCAAAUUUACAAGGCAUCGUUUGUCUAGAGGAAUAUCGAUUAAGUGAACUUUUACAAAUAUACGAUGCAUUCACAUUGUAUAAAGUACCACCACAGACACUGCCACAAAGUCCGAGUUCGUCGAAUAUUUAAUACUAUAACAAUUAUAAAAAUAAUGGCAACAACGGUAAUGAUGAUGAUCAUGCUAAUUAUGUAUGAUAAAUUAUAAAGACAUUCGUUAGUUGAUUUGCAUAGAAUUUUUUUUUUGUCUCGUAGUAAUUUGUCGGUAGGUCUAUUGCUAAUAUUAAAUAAUUAUACAAUUUUUAUAAAAUAGACAACAAAACAAAAAAAAAAAAA